AUGUCUGUUUUGUGAGAAUCAAGUUCCGUUCUGAGUACUUCCACCUCAUCAGUGAUCAUGGACGCUUAUCAAGAAUUAACAAGGCUGACAGGGAUUGCUGCUGUGAUUAAGCUCAAGACACUCGUGAAGAUGAACUAAAAGGAAGAAGUACAUUUACACAGAAACACUUUGCAUACUGGCCUACUCUGUGACUAUGGCAGGACUGAAAAAUGACAACAGUAGCAGUGUAGUGGACUGCAGUGAGGACCCUCCAUCUUUCAGUAUUGCACCUUUGAAGCUGAGUGAUCUGCCAAAGAAGAGGAAACCUUGGAGUGCAGACCAUCUUCCAGUUGACAUUCUGCUGUUGACUGUGGAGGAUUGUGAGUUCUUGGCAUGUUAUUGUUACUUAAGAGAUUCUUUUAAAAGCUAUGAGAAAUCCAUUGGAGAUGUAUACUUUGGAAAGAUGGGUGAAGAAGGAUAUGAGUCACUGAAAGUUGCCCUAGUGAGGUGUCUUAAAGGUUCCUCAGAUCCUGGAGGUUCUCAAACUUCUGCUAAAAAUGCCAUCACACUCCUGAGACCAAAGGCUACCUUUUUGGUUGGUUUCUGCUACAGUCCCAGUCCUGAAAAAGCCCAGCUAGGAGAUGUGGUGAUAUCCUCAAAGCUGACAACAGAUUGUCACCAAACCCCAGUGGGUAGAUAUGUUGGUAACCUUGUUAGAAGUGCAGCUGAUGGAUGGGAGGCUCCAUUAGAAAACCCAGAAGCAGGAGAUGUUAAAGUACAUUGUGGCGGAGAGAUUUUGAGUUGCUCUGAUCUGACUGGUGCUGAACAGCAGUGUCAAUUACACCCUGGGGCAAUUGCAGUAGAAUUGGCAGGAAAAGGCCUGUUUGCAGCAGCUCAUGACACAAAGAUGGAGUGGCUUGUCAUCAAAGGGGUUUGUGAUUUUGUACAUGGCAGUGGAUCAUCAAACAAGUCAUGGAAGACUUUUGCUUGUGUUAUGGCAGCUUCUGUUGCAUCAAACAUGUUGAGUGAUUCCUGUGUGUUUGAAGACUGGCCUCACUACAGUGAUGGUGAAUUGAACAUCAAGGUUGAGGUGGAAGACUUGAAACCUAAAAAACCUAAAGUGCAGACCUCAACUAUAGCAACAGAGAAUGGAGGAUCCCAAGGGGUUCAAUACCAGAGUGCAGCUGCUACAUCCUCACCUACAGAAGGAAGUGUGUCUCAUUCAGGAACAGACGAUCUUCAAGCAUUGAAAACCAGAGUCUUGUGCUCAAUUGCUGAUAAUUACCUCCGGGAAACACCACCAAAGUCGAUUGAAGAUCAUAGUAGGUUUCAGGAACAUCUGAGAAAAAUGAGUGUCAACAUUACAGGUUUCUCUGUUGGAAGUUUGUUGAUAACAGUGAAGUGUGAAUCUCUCCAAAUCUUGGAGGAAUUGUGGACUUAUUAUUCAUCUGGUCAUCUUGGUGAAAUAGUUCAAAAUUGUUUUGCGACUGAAAAGAUCUUGGAGGAAAUGAACCUAGCUGAGCUGAAGCUGAAAACAACAAUAGACAUAGAAGAGUACAAAGCAAGGAAAGUUUACUUUGAGAGAGUUGCACCCAGAGACAUUUCAGCAGUUGAGGAGAGUUUUAAAAGUGACAAUCCUCCAGAAAAUAAACGUAGAAGGCUUACAGACAAUACAGCAGUUGUGGAGAGUUGUAAAAGUGACGAUCCUUCAGAAAAUAAACGUAGAAGGCCUACAGACAUUUUAGCUGGAGAGGGAAGUUUUAACAGAUAUGAUUCUUCGAAUUCUAAACGGAAAAGGGUCGCAGAACCGUUGAAUGUUGAGAAGUGCAGGGAGCAGUUGAGGUCUCACUAUGACACCUUCAGUAAGGUCAAAACUGUUCCAUGGAACGACAGCUCAUCCAUUCCGAUUGAUGAGAUCUACACACCUUUGUCUUGGGUCAGAGAUGAAAGGACACCCAGUGGAGCUAGACAAGAGGAACUUGAAGACUACACUGACAUGUUCAAGGGAAAUAAACAUCAUCGCAAACCAACACGAAUGCUUGUUUAUGGUCGGCCAGGAAUUGGAAAGAGUACGUUUUGUAAAAAGAUUGCGUAUGACUGGUCGAAAGCCUUAAAAGAAAUCCUGAUGAAAUUUUACAUUUUCCUUAUGAUUAAGUUGCGAGAUGUGUGUGACAUGAAACAUAUCCGUGAUGUAUUGGUUGCAUCUAAACUGCUGGCCGGUGAUGGUCCGAUUGCAGUUGAAAGUCUCCAUGAUUACAUAAUUAACAAUCAAGAUAAAGUGCUUCUGGUUUUGGAUGGCUAUGAUGAGUACAGCUGUGUAAAAAAACACUCACCAAUCCUUGAAAUAUGGAGGGGCGAGCAAUUGAGAGAUUGUCACGUCAUUGUCACCACGCGACAAUUUGAAUGUGACGAGUUAACAGGUCCUAGCCACAUUCAGUUUGAAAUUCAUGGUUUUAGAGAUUGGAAACAGAUCAGAGCCUAUGCAGGAAAAUUUCUGACAAGCGAGCAAGAUGUUGAAAAGUUCACGGCCUACCUGAAAGAAAAAGCUCUCAAAGACCUGGCAGAAAUACCUCUCCUCCUCAUGAUGCUGUGCCGUUUGUGGAAUGAUCCACCUCUUGAUGGACUACCAACAUCACGGGCCGGCAUUUACACAGAAUUUAUUCAAACCAUGCUGAAUCACAAAGUUGAAAGAGAAAAGUCUGUGCUAUUUCAGAAAGUGACCUCAACAGAAGUUAGAGAAGACCUCAGUAUUCUUGGAAAGUUUGCCUUUGAUGCAUUACUACAAGGCCGUCUGUUCGUACGUUGCAGCGAACUUCCCCAUCGUAUUUCAAGAACUUUUGGAAAAUUGAGUGAAGUUGGGCUGUUCCAGAUUGUCAAUACUACAAGUCUGAAUCCAGAGAAAGGGGCCUAUUUCAUUCAUAAAUCUGUACAGGAAUUCCUUGCAGCCUGGCACAUGAAGGAGGAAGUGUUGUCAAUAAAAAGGGGUAGUAUGACUAGCCUGUCCAGACUUGAAUCAGUGGAAAAGAUUCUCAAGGUUAUUGAAGUACUCAAAUUUGCCUGUGAGCUGUCAACAGAAGCCGCGAGCGCAGUUUUGCACUAUUUUGCAUCUGUUGAGAAAAUGGGAUCGUGGUUAGACUCUGGAUUAAGAAACCUGAUUCAGUCGACUGGAAAUUUGUUUGAGCAGAAAGGACUCUUAACUCUCAUCUCGCACAGUUAUUUUUGUUGCUCGCCUGAGAGGAGGCGAGAUCUCUUCUCCACGUUUCUAUCGCGCACCAAAGGUAUCAUGUAUCUUGAUUCUAGCCAGGUGAACAUUGUUGCCAAGGAACACUUGCUGAAAUCUGCUGUGGCACCUCGGUGCAUCUUUUUCUCAUAUCUAUGGUUUGAGUGUUCAGAGCAAAGCUAUCGAGACUUGAUCACUGUAGCAGAAGAUGUAAACGCAGUUGUUGGGAGCUCCUCAGGUGAAAAGAAAGCUGCUGAUUUUCUAAGGAAGCAUGCAUGUCGCCGACAGUGCGACUUUUAUUUUUUGAAGAUAAGCAAAAUUGUCCUCUACAUAGAUAGAAUAAUUUCAGGAGAAGAAGAGGGUUACCCUUUUCCGACAAAAAUGCUGCGAGAGCUCGUUUCAUCAACAGCAGAGUCUACUCAGGAGAAACGCGUCUGUGAUCGCUUCCAGGAACAUGACAAAGAAACAGCUUCGUGUUCGACUGAGAGCACUGUUAGCAUCACUGGUCCGAUUCCACACAGUCUUUCCCGUUUGCGCCGCAUUCUUGUGGGCGACAUAGCAAGGCAAGAGGUGGAGACGCUCACUGAUAUAUUACCACUAGUUUCUUCACUGGAACAUUUAAGUAUUGAUAACGUCUCUGGAAUCUCUGAUGCUCAACUGAUGGAAGCCUUAGUGUCUAGUAUAAAGUAUAGCGAAAGACUUCACGUAUUAGAACUUUCUAACGCUAGGUUAACAUCCAGGCCUACUGCAGCCAUCGCCAGAUCACUACAUCAGGCUCCUAAUCUGAGCGAGCUCGACUUGUCAUCUAACCCUCUUGGUAAAGGAGUGAGUGUUCUCGCUCGAUAUCUCAGCAGUUGUCCUGACCUGUGGAGGCUGUGGCUUGAGGAUGUUAAAAUGACAAAGGAACAAAUGAAAGAUUUGAGUGUAGCUGUACGUCAGAAUGACAUCGAGGUGUUCACAGCAUACCACGAUGAGAAGGGGAACCUGAAACCUGAAGAUGAAAGGUGCACACUUGGCGGGAUAAAAAUUGGGCCAGCUACUGACUCAGAGGACGAGCAUGAAUCUGGGUCAGUUUCUGACUUAUUUAAUGGGCAGGAAUCUGGAUCAGAUUCUGACUCAGACCACGAUGAAAAGUCUGG